AUGACAAAUACUGAAAAACCAACGAAUACAACAGAAAACUGUAGUGAUAUUAGGAGUUAUGUUGAUAAAAGCCUACUCAGUUCCUUAAUUGAAAUGGGAUUUGGACAAAUAGAAUCAGAAAAAGCCAUUUUCUUCACUAGAAACAAGGGACUGGAAAGUGCAGUAACCUGGUUGGAAGAGAAUUCUAAUGAUGUAUGUUUAAAAGAUCCUAUUAUAGAAAUUUCUGGCACCGAAAGUAUGGCACAAGCACCAAAGCUAACAGAUGAGGAGGCUCUGGAGAAGGCAAAAGAAUUGCAAAGAAGAGCAAGAGAAUUGCGUAUACAGAGGGAAAAAGAAGAAGAAAUUGAGAAAGAGAAACGCCGAAUUGCAUCAACAAAGCAGUUAUUGGAGGCUCAAAGAAAACUUGAAGAAUCAGAAAGAAUUCGAAAUAUUGAAAAAGUAGCUAGAGAAAAAAAUGCUCAUGAAGUUGAAAGGCAACGUCAACUUAGCUUGCUUAAAGAAGAGUGGGAAGAGAGAUUUGGAUGCCCUUAUCCAGAAGAGAAGGCUAAUGAAGUUCCGAAAGGAAAUAAGGAAAAGGUUGCUUAUUACUGUAAUAGAAUGAAUAAAGAAUACAGAUCCAAAGACUUACAAGGUAUAAUGACAUGUUUUAAUUUACUUAAAACAUAUAUAAACAAUGUACAUAGUCAUCCUUAUGAAGAAAAAUAUAAAAGAAUUCGCUUAAAGAACCCAACUUUUGAAUCAAAAGUACUUAAAUAUCAAGGAUCUUUGGAGAUUCUGAUGGCAUGUGGAUUUGUUAAGGAUGAUAAUGAAGAGUUUUUAGUGAUACCACCUGAAAAGAUACCAGAUACAUUUGUAUGUAGUCAGGCCGUUAAAUUCCUGACUUUGUUAACUCAACAUUAG